AUGGCGACCGCUGGAGGGUUAUUCGGAGGCGCGCAGCAGAAAACGGGAACCGGCUUGUUUGGCUCUUCGACAGCCGCGACAAAUCCAACGACCACACAACCCAGUACGACCGGUGGAUUGUUCGGUACCGCGUCCAGCAAUCAGCCUACUCAACAAAGCAACGCUGGGGCCGGCGGCUUGUUUGGCAGCACGGCACCAAAUCAACAACAGACACAACCAGCUGCUGGGGGACUAUUUGGCAGCAAUCCCGCCUCAACUCAGCAACAGCAACCCCAGCAGAUAGGCGGUGGCCUCUUCGGUUCUUCAACAGCCAACCCCCAGCCAGCCUCUACGGGAGGUGGCCUCUUUGGCCAGUCACAGGCAAAGCCUUCAGGAGGGUUGUUUGGUCAAACUCAACCGCAGCAACCUCAAUCGACAAGUCAAGUGCCUGCCGUUCAAAUCAAUUAUGAUAAUCUUCGGCCGAGGACGAGAUUCGACGAUCUUGCGAAACCUGUUCAAGAUGAGAUAGCCCUCAUAGACAAGGGAAUCCAGCGCGUUAUCAAGAUGAAGGAUGAGAUCGGUGAAUUCAUGCCACAACAUGAGAAGGAUAUUGAGCAACUUGGCAGAGAUGUGAAAUUUGUGGAAACCAAGUUCAAAACUGUCCAAGUUGCUCUCAAUCAAGACAUUCAAACAGUCAAGGUGUUGCAAGACAUGACGAAGAAGAGCAUAGCUGAUGCCCAGCUCUCGUUCAAGGCCACCGACAACCUUAAGCUACCCACACAUUAUCACCAGACUGGUCUUUUUGCCGGGCCAACACCAUCCGCGGACGCCAAUGGAAGUGAUGCUGCUUCGGCCCACGCCAGUGCGCAGGACUUAAUCACCUAUUUCAAUCGAAUUUGCGACGAUGUUGAAAGAUACAAGAAAAGACUAGAUGAAUAUCGAGGCGAAAUUGAACGGGACAUGCCUGGCGUGGAGAACGGGCUUUACGAGCAAAUCCGAACCCUACGUGAUCGCAAUACUGCUGUGGGAGGGGCCGUACAAGAUCAGCUUGGACAGGUAUUAUCAGCAUUGCGAGAAACAGGAAAUGCCAUCGUAGCACAAGCUGGCCAGAUUGCCGAUACUCGUGAGAGGCUUUCUAGACUGCAGGCAGGAAUUCUCAAUAGUGGCGUUUAUGCCAUGGGAAUGGCGGGAUGA